AUGGUUGAUGAAAGCGGCCUUGUACUCAUCCCAAGUGGUGAUGGAUCUAGUAGUGCUGCAAAUCUCUUCAAAGUUUUCUAUGUGAUCAAGAGGAUGUUCGGCUGGAAGGCCAUUGAAUUGGUUCUGUCUAACCAAUGCUAUGAUCUUGAUCUCAUAGUCAUUCCUUGCAGGAAGUGGUGGAUGGAUAGGGUUCUAUCCGUGAAGAAAGCAUCGGCAGAGUCAGUCUCCGAUUGUUUGAAUCAGCUUGAGGUUGCACAUCAACGUCCCAGCAGGAGGUUGUGGAUUAAGGGAGGAGGUGGAUCUCUUCCUUCUUCAUUAGCUCUAGCUACCUCAGCGGCAUGA